CACACACUCACUCACUCAUCCACAUUCACCAUUACCCACCCACCCACCUACAUGCAACCACCCACCCACUCACUCACUUAUCCACAUACACAAUUACCCACACACCCACACACGCACACGCUCACUCCGGUGUUGGAUAGAUCCGGGGUUGGAUAGGCCUCCAGGAACCCAUGCUUGAGGUAAAAAGCAACUGUACUUGUCGUAAAAGACGACUAAUGGGAUCGGGUGGACAGGCUCGAUGACUUGUCGUAUCCCAAUUGCAUGGAUCGAUGCUCAUGGUAUCUAUCACUGGAUUGUCUGGUCCAGACUCGAUUAUUUCCAGACUGCCGUGAAAAAGCUGAGUGCAGAAUUAAACAACAAACAACAACUCACUCACAAGGUAGGCAACUGAGGUACAACUUGCUUGUGACGUGGUCAGACCGACGUUGAGCGCCAGUGUAUGCGCAAUAAAAUGUGACGGGAAUCGAACCAUGGACCUUCUGCUUGGAGGUGGGACACCUUGUCCACGUGAACAAAGACGUUAAGACUUGAACUCCUGACAUGAGAGAUAUCGGAAAAGCGUCUAUUGCAAUGACCGCCGAUAAUAUUUUAUUCCACUUGUUCACAUGCGUUAUAGGGUACAUGGAAAUUUAACAAAACGUCUUGAUCAGUACUAUUCAAGUAUUUUACAGGUAAAAUAAGAUAAAUAUUAUUUGUUGUAGUUGUAACUCUUCUGUCAGGACACUUCUACAUGCAUAGUUUUUUUUUGCUGUCCACAGGCCGUCAUAACAUUACAUUCUCGAAGAAAUGUGAACGGGAGGUCAGUCACUGUGUCACGUGACGCUCAUUGGACGUUUUCUGUGCCCUGCAGUGACGAGAGCCGUUUAUAGCCGUACAAACAAAUGAUGGAUGGACACACAUACCUGUGGUCGAUAUAUUGCUAUUGUUCCGUAUUAUUAUUUGAAAGUUAUGGCUAUGUUUGCUGUCAUUCCAUAACCAGAAGAAUGAAAACAAAACAUUUUAUUUGUUUGUGGACUGGGACAGGGCAGCUAUAUAAGUCCCUGACUUUCUACCAAAGCUGCACAUUCACUUGACUGACACUCGCUCUUGCACACCAUGUUCGCUUCACUACCCGCCCUUGCCAUUGUCUUCGCAGUCUACCUGCCGUCGACAGAAGCUCAGACCCGGUGCGACACUGCUGGCUGCCUGAAUGGCGUCUGCAUCCUGCCUCCAGCUGUUGCUGUCCCCACGUGCAGCUGCAUCCCCGGCUUCCAGUUGACCGCUGCCGACCCAAACGUCUGCUUCGAUAUUGACGAGUGUUACGGCAACACGUACAUCUGUGGGGUGAGUUUUGACCCCUACCUCCGCACCUCUGUCCCCAGCGGGAGGUGUGUCAACACCCCGGCCGGCUCCUAUUACUGCAUGUGCAACCCCAACGUGGCCCUGUCAUCCUUCGACAACAAGACCUGUAUAUCCAUUCCCAUUCAACAGCAGCAGCAGCAACAGCAACAGCAGCAGCAGCAGCAACAACAGUCCUUCUACCAAAGCCUUCUCAAUCUGUACCUUUUCGACCAGUUUGAACUAUUUGAUUUUUAACAACAAAAUAUAAAUUCAUUCUCAAAUGUAUAUAUGUCAAUAUUUUCAUGUAAACUGAUAUAUUCAUCUGUCUUUUGAAUAAAAUGUAUGAUCAACUAAAAA